AUGAAAUUAGCACGAAAUUGGCACAUUGUUGUUCCUUGUUAUCAAUCAAACCCUAAUUCGAGCACAAACACUGUAGAGCACAUCAACCGACUUAGCUCUUCAGAAAUCAGAAGUCAGAACAUAGCGAUUGGCCGAUUCCUUCAUCACAAGUUCACGAUAUCGAUCAUAGCGACUGGGCGAUUUCUUUUCUUCUUCAUCAAUCAUCAUGAUAAUAUAGAACCUGUUAUUUGUUUCUGUCCAGAUAAUAUAGAACCAUAUUUAUCAGCAGAACCUGCUGUAGUUAUGAAGAAGGCAAAGCUUGAUUCAACAAUAGAACCUGCUGUAGUUGUGGCUCCACAUGAUGUUGAUCUUGAAGAAGAUGACAUCAAUGUGGUUGAUGUAGAUGUUAAAAUAAAAGGUGAUGAAGAGUUAUCUUUAGAAGAACUUACCGAUGAUGUCAUGCAAAUGGAUAACAAGGAUACAAAAGUUGAGGACGUGUAG